AUGAUGUUCCCAGUGCUCGUGGCGGCUUUUGCUGUAUCACAAGCUCUCGCCAGCCCGCUGGCUGAGCGCCCAUGUGGGAACUCAACUUCGAAGCAAAGCCAUCGGAAUCUUUUAUACGUCACCAAUUAUGGCAUCUAUGGAGCGGGCUACAACCCCGAUAGUCUUCCCGUACGUGACAUCACGCAUGUCUUGUACGCUUUCGCGGACAUUGAACCAAACGGAACAGUAAUCUCUUCGGAUCCAUGGGCGGACACCGGAAAGCCCUUUGGCAACGAAAGCACCACAGAGCCCGGCAACAACGCCUACGGCCUAGUCAAACAGCUCUACCUCAAGAAAAUGACCAACAGAAACCUGAAAGUCGUCCUCUCCAUCGGCGGCUACAACUGGUCCCCCAAAUUCGAACCCGUCGCCGCAGACGAAACCCGCCGCGCCACCUUUGUCUCCUCCGCCAUCAAGCUUAUGUCCGACUUUGGCAUGGACGGCCUCGACCUCGACUACGAAUUCCCAAACACCACAGACAAGAACGAAAACUGCAUCAAGCUCCUCUCCGAGCUCCGUGCCGGCUUGGACAGCUACUCGGCAAAGUACGCCGACGGCUACCACUUCACCCUCGGUUUCCCCGCGCCCGCGGGCCCCCAGAACUACAAGGCCUUUGACUUUAAAGCCAUGGACAAGUCGCUCGAUUUCUGGUCGCUCAUGGCCUUUGACUUUGCGGGCGGCUGGGAGAACACCACGGGCCACCAGUCCAACGUCUUCCCCAGCACGCGGAAUCCGCAAAGCACAAAGGCGAGCGUCGAGCGGGCUUUUGCGGACUACGUUGACGGGGGAGGGAUCUCGCCGGCAAAGAUCAACCUCGGCGUGCCUCUCUAUGGUCGCGCGUUUAGCAACACAAAGGGCCUCGGGAAGACGUACGGCGGGUUGCCAAACGGCACGCUCGGCCAGGCUGGGAUCUAUCUCUACAAAGACCUCCCUCGGCCCGGCGCGACGGUGCACUGGGAUGGCACAGCCAAGGCCACGUAUUCGUACGACAACGCGACCCGGGAAUUGGUAACAUUUGAUGAUUUGAAGAGCGUAAAGUAUAAGCAGGCCUACAUCAAGAAGAAGAAUUUGGGCGGUGCCAUGUUUUGGGACGCGGCGGGGGACAAGGCGGGGAACGAGAGCCUCGUUCACCGUAUGGCCAAAGGGAUGGGCAAACUUGAAAAAUCGCAGAACUUGCUCUCGUACCCGACUUCUCAGUACGACAAUAUCCGCAACGGGAUGAAGAGCAACUCUACCAGGGCACUGUGA